UUGUCCCAAUUUAUUUCGUCGUGGCUCCUUUAUGAUGUUGUGGCAUGCUUACUACCAUUUUUUUCUUCACUUAGGAUCGCACAGCAUCUCACACCGGAUGAGCAACCUGCAGUAGGCCGUAUUGGCGAGGUGAUCCCGGUGGUGACGGGGGACGUGUGUGGGUUCAGCCAGGACAAGGAAUCUGACCAAUGCGUGAUCAAAGGCGAAAUCAAAGGUCUGACUCCCGGUCUUCAUGGAUUCCAUGUCCAUCAGUACGGCGACUCCACUAAUGGUUGUACUUCUGCUGGGCCACAUUUUAAUCCUUUCAACAAAACUCAUGGAGGACCUAAGGACGAAGUUCGUCAUGUUGGCGAUCUGGGAAACCUUGAAGCUGGUUCGGAUGGUGUGGCACACUUUGAGAUCAAAGACCAUUUGGUGAAAAUCCAUGGAGAAAACACCGUUGUCGGACGUUCCCUUGUUGUUCAUGCUGGGGUUGAUGAUCUUGGCAAAGGAGUGGGCGAAAACAAAGAGGAAUCUAUGAAGACAGGAAAUGCUGGCGCCCGCGUCGCUUGCGGAGUCAUUGCUACAGCCGCACCCCAGUGA